AGUUUGCUCCAAGACGUUCGCAGCUUCAGUGUAGACGAAAUAAAAGACCCAACAUCCAUGUGAAUAACGCUUUCAAUGGGUGCAUCCGUGCGAAUAUCAAAUACGGCCGUUGAUUACUAAAAUAAUUGCUUAAUUACUUUUAUAACGCAAUAAGAAUUAAUUUUUUUGUGCUUUGAAGCUGUUUCGAAAGUACCUCAAUUUUUAGAAGCACUGUGUGGAGUAAACAAGUGCACGGUUAUGUGAAGUAGCAUAGUUAUAGGCGCGGUGUGGAAAAAUGUAAUGAAAUAAAAGUGUGUAACAUAAAGUUGCUGGCAUUCGGUGGGAUAUUGUAACAUGUUAUUAUUGUUAAUAUACGGAAACCGUUAAAAUUUAGUCGCAUGUGUUACAGCAACGGCUGCAAGCGAGUACCAAACAUGUAAAACUAAAUAUAGACUAACGAACUUUUAAUUUUAUUUCCAAAUUCAACGCCACGCUGUAAAUAUGUAGUAGUGUAAAGUAAUAUUUAUGAAGAGAUGAGUAACCACUAUCGUACAAAAAUUAAAAAUAAAUUCGUACCUGAGAAGCAUUGCAACAAAUGAAUGCCAAGUGAAAAGUACAAGUGAUCAGAGGGACGAAGCGACGUUGUUGUUAUGCAAGAAAUAGUGUUUAGUUUUUUAAUGAAACUUUGUUGUCAUAAAAAUGGCCAUCAAUAUAUUAGAUUAUGACCAUUACGCAAUCAGUGCGAUUGUCACGGUCAGCAUGCAGAUUUUAUUUUUCCUGAUUAACUCCAUUUUGCAAAUGGACAAGCUGACGGAUUUCGCCGGUGGUGUUAAUUUUAUUAUAAUAUCGCUGCUUACCUUCUUUCUGGGGCAAAUUGACAGACCAUCAAAGGCGUACGACAGUCGACAACUUAUGGUUACCCUAUUCGUUUGUCUCUGGGGUGCACGUCUUUCUGGAUAUCUGCUGUAUCGCAUAAUCAAAUUGGGUCGCGAUAAACAGUUCGAAGACACAAGACGCAACAUAAUCAGAUACGCUGUUUUCUGGACGUUUCAAGCCGUUUGGGUUUAUGUGGUCUCCUUACCAGUGAUAAUUAUUAACUCGCCUCGGCAUUCACAGCCAAAUGCUCCCAAGACUAUGACCACAUUGGAUUCCACUGGCACGGGAAUGUUCAUUGUGGGAUUGCUGGCCGAAACUUAUGCGGAUUUGCAGAAGUUCUCUUUUCGACAGGAUCCAGCAAAUCAAGGAAAAUUUUGUAAUGAUGGUCUGUGGAGUCUAUCGCGUCAUCCCAAUUACUUCGGCGAGGUUGUGAUCUGGUGGGGUAUUUUUGCCAUUUCAUUAAAUGUUAUCACCGGUCACGAAUGGGUCGCUAUCGCUUCACCCAUCUUCACCACUUUCAUUAUACUCUUCCUCUCCGGCAUACCGUUGCGUGAGCGUUCGGCCGAUGAGAAAUAUAAAGACCAACUGGAAUAUCGUAAAUACAAAGCGUCCACAUCACCGUUAAUACCCAUACCGCCAUCGGUGUAUGUGGAAGUGCCGAGCGCAUUGAAAUUCAUCCUGUGCUGUGAGUUUCCCAUUUACGACACAAUGCGCAUCCAGAAGGACAUCAGUCCCUACUCCUUAUCCAUAGCACGUUCACACUCACACAUAUAGCAAUCAGUUGCCCACUCGGGUAGUGGGCAACACGGCGCUGUGGGACAUUCAUUACAGCGACACGGCACCGACGUGGGCUCCGUGCACCGCGGCCAAUGCUACGGUGCUAACGGUGGCGAUGCGGAGAGUCAUCAUAAUUGUGGUGGCAGCUGUCGUAAUGCACACAUCAAAUCGAAUCCAUAUCAGAGUGAGUCGGGCUAUGGCGGCUACACCGGUUACAACAUUAACGGUAGCACGUCACAGCAACGGCAUGCCAAUCUCAAUGCCGUACACAACACCACCGAUGAUGAUGAUGACACCGAUGAUGGUAUUAUCUAUAUGCCGGGGCCGUCAUCGUCCAAAAAGCAGCCACACUACUUUCAUGCACCCAUGGUGAAUGCGACAACGGCGGAGAAGAAACAGACUGUCGAACAAUCGGAUGGUGAGGAGCAGGUGGAGCAGGAGCUCGAGGAGGACUAUGAUGAGGAUAUACCGCCAAUUGAUUUGAGUAAAGCGCCGAGCGUAGAAAGUUUCACGACGAAAGUGCAAACCGAGAAGGGUGUCAAUGCGGACGGUGCGUCAUUUACGGUAACUACAAUACUGUGAUCGAACAACGGUGAGUUGCAGUCAUAUUAAAAUUACAUAUACAUACCUAUGUACAAGUAUAUGCAUCAGGGUGUACCUGCACUGCGUGGGAGGCCGAAACAGAUAUCGUAUGUGUAUUUCUUUAGUUCGAAAUGCAAUUACUUGAGUGAGUAUAGAAUUUAAUUUGUUGCACACAUACCAACAACGAAUGUACUUGCCAGUAUUUAGAAGAACAUAAAAAGAGAUGGAGUUGAAGAGAGAGAGAGAGGAAGAUGUAGCAAGCGGCGAUCCAUGCCAUUUAGUGGCGUUUAAAAACCGAGAAAGUAUUAAAUUUAAUUGUGCUAUUCGAAAUGAUUUGCGUUGUUGUGUGCAAUAAUGUGCCAAAGGCUAACAUUUUAUUUAAGUAGCUAGCAAAUUUGUAUGAAUGUUCGCUUAUAAGCUCUUUAAGUACGCAAAGGAAUGCCUAGUACCAAAGAAAAAUAAUAAAGAAAGUCAAUAGCAGACCGCUUAUUCUCUGAUCUCUAUGCAGUAGUAUGUGUGUAAAGUGCAAUUUUUAACAAGAAAAAAAAAACAAAAGGAAAAUUAACUGUCUUAUAACUCAAUAAAUCUGUACAUUUGUAUGUGUACUGUAACAAAACUACAGUCCAAAGCAACAAAAACAAUUACAAUAUACUCUAAAAAUGUGCCUGUCAUUUGUUGCACUUAUUCAAAGUCUAUAAAAUUGUUAUGAAAUUACGCAACCAAAAUACCUAAAAGAAAAAAUAACAAAAAAGUGAAAAUACUACGAUGUAUUAAGAGAUAUAGUUAUGUACAUGAGGGUGGUGUUUAACACUCAGCAGAUAAUUUAUAUUUUCCCAAACCUCAACUAUAAACUACUAUAUAUGUAAGUACAUACUUAUGUGUGCCGAAGAAACCACAUACAUUUUUUGUUCCGUUCAAAGAAAAACUCAAUUUCUUUGUCUCCAUCUAAAACUAUAACACCUGACCCCUGUGCGGCAUUCCUUAACCGCCACAAGCAGUAGGGAAACUUAUUUAUUUACAUUUAUGUUGAGUUAAUGUUUGAGGCGGUGAGACUGAAGAAAUUCUUGUUUUGAGCUUUUAAGGACCACCCUAAGGUACAUACGUAUAUAUGUUGAAAUAUGUAUAACUCUAGGACAACUCGAGUAGAACUUGUUUUUAAAACUGCUUGUAAAUAGUUCUUUAUAAACAUAUUUGUUGUUGUAUAUGUACAGUAAACCUAUUUCGAAUCCCUAAUCGACACCUCGAGUACAUUUGUCGAACAAUCUAUUCGGAAGUAAUGAGAGUAACUAGAGAAAGAGAGAGAGAGUUGUCGAACACUCUUUCAGGAAGUAAUGAGAGUAAGUAAGUUUUAGUUAGUUAUUACUAUUUAUUUCGAUGCCUUGAAAAUACUGCUUUAAUAUUUAGGUUAUAAAUUUUAUAUUUCAAUCUGUUUUUAAGAUAUUUUAAAUAUAAAUAAACUCCAAAGAAGAGUUGCGAUGGUUCAAACUUAUAAUAAAUCUCAUUGCUCCGGGGAAACUUUAAAUAAAAAAAUAUUAACUGUAUUGAAACUUAAUUUAAUCUCAGUACCAAUACCGAAUCUAACAUUUUGAAACAUUGGAGUAUAUAUCUUAGGUAGUCGAAAAAUUAUUUUCGUAUUUCUGUUUAAAUUUUAUCAUAUUUUUUUCAUAAUAAUAAAUAAAUAAAUGAAUAUGUACCAUUUUGAUCGACCACUUUUUGCCAUUUUUCCGCUAGAGACAUUAUUCCAUCAGUGUAAAACUUUCAUCAGUUUAAAUCGAAAUUUCUAGAACGGAAGCGAGCGAACCAUUGUUGUGCUACACGAACUGGUACAGCAUCGUCUCCGUAAACUUCACAAAUUUCAUUGGUGGCUUGCGUGGCAUUCUUUCCUUUUUUUAUACAAAAAUUUCAAAAUAUAGCGAAUUUCUUCAUUAUUUUGACUGAUUUUUGAACGGCUGUAACUUUUUUUCCCCGAAUGAAGCUUAAAAUCUCACCUUUCCAACACUAUGCCAACAUUGACACAAUGUGAUUGGUAACACUGGAGAUAUACGACUGCAACGACAUCUAUUGACAAAAUACGAAAAGACUUUUUCGACUACUCAAUAUUUCUACCAGAAAAAAGUUUCACAUAAACCCAAGAGCACUCUAGAGCCUAUUUUAGAACAUUUUUCGAAUAACGUUAAACGUUAGCACAGGUUCAUUUUUUAAAGCAUACAAAAGUUUAAACCCCCUUUAUUUUGAUUUUCAUCGGCCAGUUGAAAUGGCAGCUAUAUCCUAAAGUCGUUUGAUCUCUAAUUUAUUUGGAGAUUACAGCGUUGCGUAAGGUAAUAUUAUAUGUCGAAUUUUAUGGAGAUAUCUUAUCAAAUAAAAAAUAUGGUCGAUUCCGACAGAUGAGAACUUUUUUGUAGAGAAAAGGAACUGACGGUCGUUCGCGUAUAUGCAGAUAUGGGCAGGCAGGCGAACAUGGUUAAAUCGACUCGUGCUCAUCGCGUGAAACUAACAAAAAUUCACUCGGGAUAAUUACUUAAGAGGGAAAUGUGAUUCGAUGUCAUUUCAAUGAAUAUCUGAAAUAUUUUAAAGUGCAAAUUCAGGUUUAAAAAAAUAUCAUAAUAUUUGGAGUUUAGUGUUUUGGGCCCGAUUGAAAAAGUAAAACUAUUUCGUAAUUAAUUUCCGGAUAGACUUUUGACAGAUUGUACUCAUGAAAAAUAACAAAGAUAAAAAUGAAUUAUUUUGCAAACGAGCUGUGUUUUUUAUUCAGCAGCACUACGAUCGUUAAACUUUUUGCAGAAUUUUCUUGACUAAGAGGUAUUUGUGCUGUUUUAUUUUAGGACUCAGUUGCAAAAUAGUGGUUUUUAUUGCAGGCUGGUAGAUAUGUACAUAUGUACGAGUAUGUAAGUAAACUUUCAUAUGUUCCAAAAGUAACAGAAUUUUUGGGUAGAAACCAGUAAAGGUUCACUUAUUUAUACUCAAAUAAUUUUGAUAAAUAAGUACAUACCUAUGUAUAUAAAGAAUGAUCCAUUUCGAGUUUCCCUACUUCCACAGAUACUUCAAAUUUAAUGGGAACUGUUUAUGAUCAUUCAAAAGUACAUUCUUUGGCGUUAAUUAUUUGAAGAUUACCUCUUCUGAAUGUUGGCCGCGGCUACGUCACAGAUGGCUUAUCAUUAAGUCCAAUCUUCGAUGACUCGUUCCAGCAUUUCGACUGGUAACAGGCUACGUCACAAGUGCUAUUUUGCAUAGGCUUUAGACUUUGCAUAUCUCCACAGGAAAAAUUCAGACGGUGUGAUAUCACGCGAUCUUGAUGGCCAAUUGACCGGCCCAAAACGUGAAAUUAUCUACUCACUGAAGGGUUCUCAAAAUAAAUCCAUUGAUUGAUGCCAUAUGUGGGAAGUGGCACAGUCUUGUUGAAACCAAAUGUCGCCGAGAUCAAGAGCUUCAAUUUUAGGCAUCAAAUAGUCAUGACAACGAUCGUCAUUUAUGGUUACGUUCUCACCGGCAUCAUUUUUGAAGAAAUAUGAACCGAUGAUUCCACCAAACCGUUGUUUUUCUGGAUGAAAUGGUAGUUCUUGAGCUCUAAAGUAGCUUUUCGUACUAAAUGCGGCAAUUUUGCUUGUUUACAUACUCAUUGAGGCAGAAAUGGGCCUCAUAGCUGAACAAAAUUUGGCUCGAAAAUAUCGGAUCUUCUUGGAAUUUUUCAAGGAAAGAGAAAAGCGAUGUCGCUUGAGAAGGUCAGAUCUUGCACAAGCUAUAUUUUUUACGCUUUCAAUUUAAGAUCUCGACGUAAAAUGUGACUGCUAUAUUUUCUUCAUUGCGUGCUGACGUGGUAUAUUCGCUCGAAUAUAAUGAAUGCUGACUCUCAAGUUGGGUGAUGACGUUGCAUUUUUUAAUUCAUACUACUUUAGCUGCCCUUCCAGUUACUUUAUGAACAUAUGAUACAUCGGUACUGACCCAUACAUAUACAUACAUACAUAUCUAUUGGCAAACAUACUCAAUAGAAGUAGUUACUACUUGCUGCACAUAGUUAACGACGGUACUAUACCACACACAAGACCCACCAUCGUAGCAGAUGUCGCAUCAAACAUAUCCAAUAGCAAGCCCAACAAAAGUUUUAACUUUGAACUCGAAGUACAACUAACCACAAAAGUUUUAAAUUAGAAAACAAAAAUAAAACUUAAAAUGAACUACCACGUUAAUUUGUACCCAUUGCAGAUUCCUUUAUAAAGUGGUUCAGGAACUUUAACAUAUCCAAACUCGUAUGUCUGUAUGUACUAUAUAUAACGAAGGCAACCUAGAACAACUUAGCAUGUUAAAUACGUGCAUUUGUUGCAACAAAAUCAAAAUUAAAUGUAAAAAAUAAAAAAUAUUUUAAAUAUUUUCUACACACACACCCUUUAACCCCUUUUUAACUGGAAAUUUGUUACUGCAAGUUAAAUUGUAUGUGGAAAGAGUAAUGUAUUAAAAAGUAAAAGGCACAUUGAAGAUGUGACAGCAGAGGAACAAAAACAACAAAAAAAAGAAAAACGUGUUUUUUUGCUUAGCAUCUCUAAAGCGUCAAAACUUUAUAACAAGCAAUUAUUACGGUAUAUCAUGCACCAAUAAAAUUUAAAACUAAAAUUGAUAUUACAAGACUGUUGCUGCUAACUUUUCAAUGUGUCUUAAGGGCUUAGGCCAGUCUAGAGAGAAGUCAACAAUUUAUUCAGGGUUCAGGAAAAUAAUAAUUUACUCAGUAUACAUAUUAUAACGGUAUUUUCAAUAAGAGCGCUACAAAAGAAAAAAACGGUUUGGGAGAUCAACGAAAUACUUUAUAACUGUGAAAGUAUAUUUGAUGCCAUUAUGUAUGGAACUCGAUUUCUUUAGCAUGACCACCACGGACAAGCGUGAGAAGUCCAGACGCUGAUUUCCCCCAAAUUUCGACGAUUUACAAGCAUAAAUCGGCGGAUACUGCUGCAAUUUCACGUUCGAUAUUCGUACGAAGUUUAUCAAUCGUCGCUGGUUUGUUGGCAUAGACAGUAGACUUAACGUAGCUCUCCAGGUAAUAGUCUAACGGCGUCAAAUCGCACGACCAAAGCGGCCAAUUGACUGGGCCAUUUCGUAAGACAACACGUUCACCAUACUUGGUUUUUUUCAUCCAAUUGGAACCACAUAUUGUCCAAGUCCACAUCAACCAAUUCGGGCCAAAAAUAUUCGGUUGUCAUUGAGCGGUAGCGAUUUCCUUUCACAGUAAUGUGCCGGUCUUGAUCAUCAAGAAAGAAGUACGGCACCGGCCCAUAAACCGCACCAAACUGUAAUUUUUCUGGAUGCAAUGGUGGCUCAUGAAGUACGUGUGGAUUGCUGCCUGACCAAUAACACAUAUUUUGCCUAUUGACGAAGCCAUUCAGCCAGCAAUGAGCCUCAUCGCUGAAGAGAAUUUUUCGAUGAAAAUCCGGAUCAUUUUCAAGUUGUUGCUCAGCCCAAAUUUACGAACAUACAACGAUUCUGGUACUUAAGUGGCUUCAGUUCUUGCGUCAAUUUUAUCUUGUAUGGAUGUAGACCAAGAUCUUUUCGCAAAAUUCGCCACAACGAAGUCACAGAGAUGCCCAGCGCUUGAGACGUGUGAGAGACAGAUUUAGCUUUUCCUUAAUUGAUGAGCUUGCGGCAACAAUAUUCUCGACAUUACGGGCACUCUUUGCUUUACUGGCACGGGAACAUUUUGCACUGUAUCCGUGGAUUCAAAUUUUUCCACUAGUCGCUUAAUUGUUGAUCUGUCAGGACGAUUAUGACGACCAUAAAUUGGACGUAGCGCUCUUAGAGUUGAGACCGUUGACUCCGAAUUUCGGUAGUCAAUUUUAAUAAUUUUGACUCGUUGUUAGAUUGUAUAUCUUUCCAUACUGAAAUGGCAAACCUUAUUGAAGAUAAAUGUCAAAAGAGCGGAAAAGAUAUGGUGUCGUUUGCUGUCCCCAGCGCUCUAAUUUGUAGCGUUCCUAUUGAAAAACCCGUUAUAUUAUAUUAGGUUGUCAAAUAUCCACCUUCCGCCUUUUUGUCUUUUGAAUUUCGCGGCUAUGUAUAAAGCGCUACAGAGCUCGUAUCAGGUAAUACUAUACAUCUUUGAAAGGUCUUGACAUAACCUACAAAACCACGCUAUGCAUGAUUAGUUUGGAUAUUACGUUCAGCAGUUAUAGACAUGUAAACAUGGAGUUCACUAACGCCGAAAUUCGCGCUAUUUUAAAGUUUUCCGCUGGAAAAACGUUCCGUGAGAUCAAUGGUGUUUUGGGGGAUGGCACUCUAUCACUUCGAACUGCGGAGGAAUGGUUUCGACGAUUCAGAGCGGGUGAAAACGACACCAUGGAUAAGCCAGCUGCCAGAAGACUUGUGACGACGAAUACCGAUCAAAUCAUGGAAAACAACGGGUUAGACUGGCAUGUGGCAUAUCGUGACAUCGCCCAGAACCAUCACCAUCCUACUGGACCGAAUCAACGUCUGCGAUAUGCUGCUGAAACGGAACGAACUCGACCCAAUUUUGAAGCGGAUGGUGACUGGCGACGAAAAAUGGAUCACAUACGACAAUAUCAAGUGAAAACGGUCGUGGUCGAAGGCUGGUGAAUCGUCCCAAACAGUGCCCAAGCCGGGAUUGACGGCCAGGAAGGUUUAGCUGUGUGUUUGGUGGGAUUGGAAGGGAAUCAACCACUAUGAGCUGCUCCCAUAUGUGCAGACGCUUAAUUCUACCAUCUACUGCGAACAACUGAACCGCUUGAAACAGGCGAUCGACCAGAAGCGUCUAGAAUUGGCCAAGAGGCAGGGUGUAGUGUUCCACCAGAACAACGCCAGACCACUUACUUCGUUGAUGACUCGUCAGAAGCUACGGGAGCUCGGAUUGGAGGUUUUAUCACAUCCACCAUAUACGCCCGGACAUAGUGAUUAUCACCUGUCCAUGGCGAACACCCUUGUUGGUGUAAAGUUGAACUCAAAAGAGGCUUGUGAAAAGUGGCUGUCCCAGUUCUUCGCAAAUAAGGACGGGGGCUUCUACGAGGGCGGUAUUUUGAAGUUGCCAUCUAGAUGGAAAGAGAUAAUCGAACGAAACGGCGCAUAUUUGAACUAAAUUCGAUUACUACGGAUAAUUCGUAUAAAACUUUUUAUAAAGCAUUGAAUAAAGAGCAACAAAGCGGAGAUAUUUGACAACCUUAUAUAUAAAAUAUAUUACAAAAAAUAAAAUAAAAUUAUAUUACAAUAGUUUGCGUGCUGAGGUUGACUUACCUGAACCCUUUGAUAAUAUUCUAAGAGUUGAAUGAUCAUUUUAGAAUUCUAAAGUGUAAUUUAAGCCAAAACAAAAUUAUAUUUUUUGGAAAUCUUAGACUGGCUUAACCCCUUAAAAAUAAAAUUUGUUAUAUGACUACGCUUUUGCUUUCUUUUCGUCUAUAUUAUUAUAUAUUCUACCAUUAAUUAAUUUUGUUUUUGCAAUUAAAAAAGUUCUUCUACAAAAUUCGCAACUGCUCAAUUUUGCUCACUCAUGAGCGCUACUGUUGCUCAACACACAAAACACUCGUGUAGUAAUUUGCUCAUAACGCUCACGUACGUUUCAUGAAUGAGCUCUAACGGAUUUUGUACUUACGCUCUAGUGUUAUUGUAACAUUAUAUACAAUAUAUUUUUUUUCAAAAUUAAAAGACUUACUAUUCUAAUAAAUUUCCGAAACUAACUAAUUUUUAAGAAAGGAAAAAGAAAUGAGAUUUUAAUACUUAAAAUAAAGAAGCUUGCUUACAUGCUGUCUAUGGAAGAAAUUCUCUUUUUUUAGCUUAAAUACUGUUCUAGACUUUGAAACAAAUUUGACAUUUUUGUAUGCAAGUUUACACACACAUACCUAAACACAUAUUCAUAAUAAAUAUCAAUUAUAGAGUAAUAUUUAUUAGUAUGACCCUGUAAAUAUGUAUAUGUAACCCAGAAACAACAAAUAUACAUGGUGUGUAGACAUGCAUACGCGAGUGUAAUUUGAACAUGAAUAACUGUGAAAUCUUUAUAAGAACAAUAAACAAUUUAUUGCAUAAUUAAUAUUUAUAAAAGAUUGUUAGUGUGUGAAAAAAGUAACAGAAAAACAGAAAAAAAUAGUUGUAGCAUAAGUUUAAAGGAAAAUAAUGUUUUAUUUCAAUAACUGAAUUACUAAUACAUAUAUAAAAUUGCCAUUUACUCGUACAGUAUUUAUUAGAAAAUUAGUCAAAUAUGGCAACUACAUAAAUAAUUAUUAUAUUUACAUACAUAAAACUAACUAACUACAUACAUACAUAUGUACUCGUAUUUGUACUUGAGAAAUGCAAAAACUGCAAAAAUGAAAAUAAUAAUAAAUAAAUAAAUUUACCUUAAAAAAAGAUAUUUAAAACGAAGUUGUAUAAGAAACAUACAUACAUAUAAACAAAUACUCAAAAUUGCAUAUGCUGUGGUUACUAAUAAAAUAUUUGGUGGAUGCGAACAAUGGGCAAGUUUUGCCAUAAAUGCUUUUUUAAUAAAAACAAAUAACUGAAGGAAAAUAAAAAAAUACAAACAAAUAAUUCUAGUAAUAUGUAGCGGUGAGGAAAGUGUGUUUCGUGCAAAUCUUUUUGAGAAAUCAUUGAAUAUUUACAAUAUUAUAAAAGAAAAUAUUAAAGAGUCAUAAAAGGCAACAACAACAACUCUAUAAUAAAUUAAAUCUGUAUAUUCAAAAAAUAUCUAGUAUUCUCUGUACUUUUAGUAAACAAAAAGAUAAAUGAUAAAUAUAUAGACAACAAUUAUUUCCAGA